CGGCGGCCGGGCGUGCGCGGGGCACCACCGGCACCACCGGCACCACCGGCACCACCGGCAUCACCGGCAUCACCGGCACCACCGGCACCACCGGCACCACCGGCACCGGGCUGAGCCGCUGGGUACGGGGCACCGCGCCACGGAUUCCAGCGGGAACCUCCUUCCCCCACCUAACCGGAAAAAAGGCCUGGCUUGUGUCCCUGUGUGAGCACCAGGGCCAGGUGCUGACAGUCACUGCCUGGAAGGACCUGGGCUGAGUUUGAAAUCUGGACUGUCCUAGACUGUCUGAGGUGCUCCAUCUGUGAAUGUCUGCACGCUCCUGAGCUUCCACCUCUGCCAGAGUGGCACCUUUCAGCUCUGGAUAAAGCUUUUCUUCAGUUUUGCUUUGCAGAGCAAGUUCCUGCAGAAAAGGAAGAUGGGAUCUCAUUUCCCCAGAGGCUGUUGAGUCACGUGUCACCUGGAGAGCCACUGUUAGGUGUCCCCGCGUCCCUUGCCAGGACAUGCCAUCCCUCCUGGUGACUGCCACUUCCUGCAGGAGGGGACCUGACUGACUCCUGCCCAGCCUGGACACCUGUGUGCCCCCGUUUGCCAUUCAAAGCCAUCCCUUCAAGGAUGCUGAGAAACAAAUGGGAGCUCCAGGUGCUGUGUCACAGAAGCAAAUGAUUGCUGCCAGCCAUGUCCCCAGCUGAGCGGGUCCCACUGCCCUCUGCCCCCAGGGCCUGUGCCAGUAGCCACUCUGGGAUUUGCUGAGCCACAGGGUUCAUGUUGAGCGUGCUGUGUUUUAGGGUUUUGAGGAAAAUGCAGAGGCGGCACAGCAGCAACACGGACAGCGUGCCUCCUGAAAGGAGCCGGAGCCAGACGCUGAGCUCGGAGGCCAGCGUGGACGAGAGCGGCGUGUUCGAGAGCCUCAAGGCCGAGGCCGCCUCCCCUCAGCAGCUCUUCUCGGGGCUGGCCGGCAUCCCCGCGGCCUCCAUCGCCACCGCGCCCUUCCCGGCGGGGCUGGUGCUGGGCUCGGCCGCCGGAGGGGGAGAAGUCUUCAUCCAGAUGCCAGCCCCGAGGGACGAGGGUGCCGGCCGGGCCGAGGGGGCCCCGUUCCACCACCGGGCCCCGGCGCAUCCCUUCCAGCACGGGCACCACCGCGGCUCCUCGCUGCUGCACAUGGCCGGCGGCGAGCGGCACGGGCACGGCGAGGAGGGCGCCGAGGAGCAGGCCGGAACGCCGGCCCCGGCUCUCUCGGAGCUCAAGGCUGUCGUCGGGUGGCUGCAGAAGGGGCUUCCCUUCAUCCUCAUCCUCCUGGCUAAAGUUUGUUUCCAGCACAAGCUUGGAAUUGCUGUGUGCAUUGGCAUGGCCAGCACCUUUGCCUACGCCAACUCCACGCUCCGAGAGCAGGUGGCUCUAAAGGAGAAGAGAUCAGUGCUGGUUGUCUUUUGGAUCCUGGCCUUCCUCACUGGAAACACCCUGUACUUGCUUUACACAUUCAGCUCUCAGCAGCUCUACAACAGCCUAAUAUUCCUGAAACCCAACCUGGACAGGCUGGACUUCUUCGACCUGAUGUGGAUUGUGGGCAUUGCAGACUUUGUGCUGAAGUACCUCACCAUUGCCCUGAAAUGCCUCGUGGUGGCCCUGCCCAAGAUCAUCCUCGCUGUCAAGUCAAAGGGAAAGUUUUAUCUGAUUAUUGAGGAGCUGAGCCAGCUGUUCCGCUCCCUGGUGCCCAUCCAGCUGUGGUACAAAUACAUCAUGGGGGAUGAUCCAUCCAGCAGCUACUUCCUGGGUGGCAUCCUCAUCAUCAUGUACAGCCUCUGCAAGUCUUUUGACAUCUGUGGCCGUGUGGGAAGUGUCAGGAAGGCACUGAAGGUCCUUUGCACCCCCCAGACCUAUGGAGUCCGUGCCACGAGCCAGCAGUGCACUGAGGCAGGAGACAUCUGUGCCAUCUGCCAGGCAGAGUUCAGGGAACCUCUGAUCCUUCUGUGCCAGCACGUGUUCUGUGAGGAGUGCCUGUGCCUGUGGUUCGACCGGGAGAAGACGUGUCCCCUGUGCCGCUCGGUCACCGUGGAGACGCUGCGCUGCUGGAAGGAUGGCACCACCUCUGCCCACCUGCAGGUGUACUGACAGCCAGCAGGGCACCUGUGCCCUCCUGCAGCUGCACUGACAUCAGGGCAGCUCACCAGGCAGGGAGCAGGGCAGUUCCACGAUCCCUGCUCAGUUCUGUUGUCAGUCCUUCCAGCCCUGAGCCAACAGAAGCGUUG